AUGGUGGCGAGACUUCGUCUCGGCAGGUUCAACCAUGCCACAAAGGCUGCUAACUUGCUAGUGCGACAAGCCGACCGAGGACAACACCUCCGUCGCGUCAUACUGCUAAUGUCUACUAUGUGUUCUUCAGAAGCUAGGGCGUACCCCAGAAGCGACGCACAUUGUCCUCGCCCGGGCAAUGUGGCAAAUAUGCGAGGGUUACCGGCUAGAGGACGAAGCCGGCCAAAGAAGUUAGUCCGCCAUCGCCAGCAACAUCCAGUGCGCUUGGCAACACUUAACGUUGGGACGCUUACUGGAAGAAGUCGUGAACUGGCAGACAGUCUCAGAAAACGCCGUUUUGACAUAUGUUGUGUACAGGAGACUCGCUGGAAAGUAUCCAAGGCAAGGGAAUUAGGCGAUGGCUACAAGCGGAUCUACCACGGCACAUCAACUCGCAAUGGCACUGAUAUCAUAUUGAACGAGUCGUUUAGAAAUAGCGUCACAGCGGUGGAUCGACUAUCGGAUCGCUUGAUGGCUGUAAAAGUAGAUACAGGAAAAGUGGAAUUGCGAGUCGUCUCUGCUUAUGCGCCACAGGCGGGCUGUAGUGAAGAAGAGAAGGCAAGCUUUUGGGAGGAUCUGGAGCAGUACGUCCAAUCCCUGGAAAGCGAAGAAAUACUUUUAAUCGGAGGAGGCUUCAACGGACAUGUCGGUUCUCGGAAAGACGGAUUCGAGAGUUGUCAUGGUGGAUACGGCUAUGGAGCUCGUAAAGACGGGUUGCGAAUCCUGGAGUAUGCUGUUGCAAGUGACUUGAUCAUAGCUAACACGCAGUAUCGGAAAAGAAAAUCGCAUUUGAUCACGUACACCAGCGGCGGUCGUGAAACACAAAUAGAUUUCUGGAUGUUACGCCGACGAGAUCGCCGACUUCUGCAGGAUUCAAAAGUCAUGCCUACAGACCAUGUCGCUGCCCAACACCAUCUGCUCGUUAUGGACUUGAAAAUCUCCCGUCUAAAGAAGAGACAUGCAAGGACUGAAACACAGCGCAUCAAAUGGUGGAAUCAAGAGGAUCGAAAGGAGGCGGCAAUUCGUGAGAAGAAGUCCAAGUAUAAGCUCUGGUGGAGGACGCGUCAGCCUGAAGAUCGGGGUGCUUACCUAGCGGCGAAGAGGGAGGCUAAGAAAGCAGUCUCCAAGGCUAAGUCGGACCGCUACAAGGCUGUGUACGACAUGAUUGAUACCAGAGAAGGCGAGCGGGCAGUGUAUCGUUUAUUCAGAGCCCGACAUCGCUCAACGUUGGAUAUGGAACACACCAAGAUCGUCAAGGGAGCUGAUGGAGUCGUUCUGCGCCGCUCUAGUCAGAUCCUGGAGAAGUGGCGAGAGUACUACAAUCACUUGUGUAACGAAGAGUUCUGUCAUCCUCCUAUCCCAUCUGUUCCCAGCGUCGAAAGUCCUGUUCUACCAAUUACUGCCGUCGAAGUCAGUGCUGCCUUCGCAAAAAUGAAGUCGAACAAGGCAACCGGUCCUGAUGACAUACCUGCUGAUGUCUGGAAGCUGCUAGGAGAUCGAGGGUCCAUGUGGCUCGCAACUCUAUGCAACAAGAUCGUUGCAGAAGGACGGACUCCAGACGUUUGGCAAACUUCCGUGACCGUGCCUGUUUGGAAAGGGAAAGGAGACAUUGCUGACUGCACCUCGUACAGGCCUAUACGACUGCUGUGCCAUACGAUGAAAGUUUUUGAGCGUGUCCUGGAAGCUCGUCUGAGUAAAAUUGUUAGCGUUUCACUCAACCAGUGCAGCUUUGUGAAGGACUGCAGCACUAUAGAUGCUAUCCAUGCUGUCCGAAUCCUCCUGGAGAAACAUCGAGAGAAGAACCGCAGUGCGCAUCUUGCUUUUCUCGAUCUCGAGAAAGCUUUCGACCGUGUCCCACAUGAGCUGUUAUGGAUGUCCAUGAGGUCGCAUAGAGUACCAGAAGAAUAUGUGCGGUGGACUAAGCUACUUUAUGCGAAGCCUACCAGCGUUGUACGAUGUGCUGCUGGAACAAGCAGGCCAUUCCCUGUACAUGUAGCGGUUCAUCAGGGUUCAUCCCUCUCACCUCUGCUGUUCAUACUGUGCAUGGACACGAUAACGAAGGAAAUCCAGAAGCAGCAUCCGUGGACUCUACUCUUUGCCGACGAUGUCAUGCUCGCGGCGGAGUCUCGAGAUGAUCUUCAGAAACAAGUACAGUCUUGGAAGGAUCAGCUGCAGCAAUAUGGAUUUCGCCUCAACACAUCAAAAACUGAGUACAUGGAAUGCGGACCAAGGACAGAGGAUGGUUCAAUUCGUGUCGAUGGCACCGAAUUAAACAAGGUGAAGUGUUUCAAGUACCUUGGAUCCAAAGUGACUUCCACAGGCGACAUUGAUCAAGAAGGUCGAGCACGUGUUAAUGCUGCAUGGAUGAAGUGGAAAAUGGCAACAGGGGUACUGUGCGACAAGAAAGUCCCUGUUCGACUGAAGUCGAAGAUCUACAGGACGGUUGUGCGUCCUGUUGCCCUUUACGGAUGCGAGUGUUGGCCGACGACGAAAGCCUUGGAAAGAGUACUUCACGCUAUGGAGAUGCGGAUGUUAAGGUGGACAAUAGGUGUAACGCUAAAAGAGAAAGUAUCCAACGACACUGUGCGCUCCAUCUUCGGCGUCGUCCCAAUAACUGAGAAGAUGAAGGAGGCCCGACUGAGAUGGUUCGGUCACGUCUUGCGGCGAGAGGAAGAUUCUAUGGCUCAAACCGCACUGAAGCUCGACGUUUCAGGAGUGAGGCCCCUUGGGAGGCCAAAGAUUCGCUGGUUAGACCGUGUGAAGCUGGAUAUUAUAGAAGCACGUUUGUGUACGGCUGAUGCAAUGGAUAGAACCUAA